UACACUCCGUUGCCAGCCGGUUCUAAACUUGGCGUCACGCGAUUGACGAUAUCGAUUAUGAAGCUCUCUUUUGAUCCAAGUCAUCCCAAAGAUACCAAAAAAGGACACAGACACGGCCUCAAUCGCCACGAGUAGCCUUACCACCGUCAUAUUCCACUUUCUCCCUUUCACCUCUACGCGCACGACUUAACGGCAAUUUCAAUGGCAGGAUUCCAAGGCGAAGGCUACUACGACCGCCGCUACCGGCAAAACCCAGCCCUGGUCCGCGCUCGUCGACCAUACCUCGUCAAAAACGCCAUCGCCGGCAUCACGCUCGCCGCCUUCACUGCUGGAGUUUAUGCCUACACAAUCCACGCCAUCGGUCAAGACGAGUUCGAGGACGUCAAGGUGCCCGAGACUCCGAGGCAACCAUCAAACAUCAAAAUCCAGCAACCAUCCUCGUCAUGAUGUGUACAUAGUGGGAAGAAUGGCAGGCCGACUUAGAGGGCAAAGGCCCGGUGUACUAUUUUCCAGGUGUACUUAUGAACCUACUUUCGAAACGGAAAUACCCAGCUCCAAUUUCAUUAUCAAAGCCGAAAAAUAAAUAGAGGAAAAAAAAAAAAAAAUCUAAAACCUAUUUCCCGAAUAAACACGGUUGCACAUAUUUGUGUGAAGAUUAUGAAGUUCACAGACCCUGAAAAGCCCA